AGGAGAGGCGUGGUCUGCGGGGGCGGGACGGAGAGACCAGAGUGCGACCCCAGGGACUGGUGCGUCGGCGGUGGACGCCGAUCUCGCAGGCCCAUCCGAGGCCCAUUCGAGGCAGCGUCGCGGCCCAGGCAGGAUUAUUUGAGAUAAGGUUGUACCCAUUUUCAGUGAGGAUCAGUGAUCAAAAUUGUUGUUUUAAAAAAAUGAUAUCUCCAAGUUAAACAUGAACAGAAAAUACUGGGGUCACUUCCGUGAUGACAAGAUGAAGUAUUGAGCAUUUCACAGUUAGCUUGUAAUGGAACCUUUCUAAGCUUCUUCGCCUGUCAUGCACCCAACUGGGAAUAUGGAUGUUGGUUUCACUCGUUCUGCUGUACAGACACUGUCACGAAGCCACUGUAAAAACAUCAAACAAAAGAUCUCCCAGUGGGAAGGAAGGACUAAUGGCAUCUCUAACCCAGCUAAGUGGCACCCAAAGGACUUUGGAGUGAGAUAUAAUAAUUGUCACCAAGAGGCUUUUCCUAAUAAAAAUCCCACUAGUCAGGAAAAGAGCAAAUCACUGGAUGUAACCAGUUCUCAGAAUGGAGGUUCAUGUAGGAACACAGAUGCCAAAAGCCGUGAUCAAAGUGAGGAUGAAAGUGAAAAGCAUGAGAGUAAAGAUCCCUGCCCAUUCAAACAUGAGUCAGAAUCCAGCUGGGUGUGCUCUCGGGUCAAACAGAUCGAAAGCUGGAAAGAAGUUGCUUUAGAUCCAGAGACUUCAUUACCUCCAGGAAACUUCUAUACCUCACAGAUACUGUGGGAAAAAAUAGAAGCCCUUAACCCAGAUAAAGUCUUAAAUUUGACUUUAGAACAUUAUGAUUCUACAGACAAAGAACCAAAUUUCAGAGUUCUGGAUAGUGCUUAUGGAAUAACCAAGAGCUUAGAAAAUAUUUAUUGUGAACCGGAGGGCCAAGAAUGUGGACCUUCUAUAAAUCCUUUGCCAAAACCCCGUAGGACUUUCAGGUAUUUAUCUGAAUCUGGUGGUGUACCACAUAAAGAAAGAAACUGUGACAAAAUGAACUGUGAAAUUAAAUCUUGUGUGGAGUCUUCCUUGGCCUCUUCUCAGGAUCCUGAACCAAAGAAAUAUGGUGGAAAAAUCAGAGGGAGAUCUAAAAGGAAAUCCUUUGAAUUUGAGGAUAUUCAGCACUUUAGAAAUCGGAACGCACAGAAGAUUCAUGAAGAACUUGGAAGAAAUUCUGGUUCAGCACUUUAUUACACACAGUCUGAGGACAAUAUCUAUGAAGAUAUCAUAUAUCCCACCAAAGAAAAUCCCUAUGAAGAUAUUCCCAUGCAGCCUUUCCCCAUGUGGAGAUCCCCUUCAGCGUGGAAGCUACCACCUGCUAAAAGUGCCUUCAGAGCUCCCAAGCUUCCUCCCAAACCUCAGUUCCUUCAGCGGAAGACUAUGGAACUGAAGAACCCUCAAGCUUAUUUACGAUCAAAGCUCUCGAAGGACACCACUUUGCCGGUUACUUUAACUGAAUGGAAACUUUUCCGAGCCGGAGAAGUUGCUAACAGGAAAAAGGGAAAUCUUCCAAGGCUUGUUUUGAAAAUAAAUGAUAUAUUUGAAUCUAAGAGAGGGAAGAAGCGGGUAAAGUUACAUCCUUAUACUGGAAAGGACGUACCCCCCUCAAAAGGCGAAACCAGUGGGAACGAGAGUGAUGCCGAGUAUCUGCCAAAGAAUCGCCACAAGCGCUUAGCACAGGUGCAGCAGUCUUCCAAGAGGAAUCCUCACUACCAGACCUUGGAGCGAGAUCUUAUUGAACUGCAGGAGCAGCAGCUCUUUGAACUCUUUGUGGUGGUGUCUCUACAGAAGAAGCCAUCAGGAAUAAGCUACAUUCCCCAAGUCAUACAGCAGUUCCCAAGCAAGGGUGAUCAUGGCUAUAAGCAAUCCAAAGACACUGAAGAGAGGCUCAAAGUGAUCCCCAAAUUUUGUUUUCCUGAUUCAAAGGACUGGGUGCCAACCUCAGAACUCAAAAGUGAAACAUUCUCCUUUGUGUUGACUGGUGAAGAUGGAAGUCGAUGGUUUGGUUACUGUAAGAAGCUUUUGCCUGAAGGCAAGGGAAAGCGACUCCCUGAGGUCUACUGCAUGGUCAGCCGCUUGGGCUGCUUCAAUCUUUUCUCAAAGAUUCUGGAUGAAGUAGAGAAGAGAAGAGAGAUGUCUCCAGCUCUUGUUUACCCAUUCAUGCGAAGUGUCAUGGAAGCCCCUUUCCCAGCUCCUGGACGCACUAUCACAGUUAAGAGCUACCUCCCUGGGGCUGGAGAUGGGUCAAUUGAACUCUGCCGACCACUUGAUUCACGACUGGAACACGUGGAUUUUGAAUGUCUUUUCAAGUGCCUGAGUGUGUGUCAUCUUAUCCGGGUCUGUGCUUCUCUACUUUUGGAGCGGAGGAUAAUCUUUGUUGCCAACAGCCUAAGCACCCUGUCAAAAUGUGGCCAUGCUGUGGUAGCUACCUUGUAUCCAUUCACCUGGCAACAUACCUACAUCCCAGUCCUGCCAGCAUCCAUGAUUGACAUUGUGUGCUCACCUACUCCAUUCCUUAUUGGAAUCCUGUCCUGUUCCUUGCCACAGCUCCAGGAUCUACCCAUUGAAGAGGUGCUGAUAGUCGAUCUCUGUGCAGACAAGUUCUUACAGGAGGUAUCUGAUGAGGAUGAAAUUCUACCACCUAAACUUCAAGCUGCCUUGAUGCUGAUUUUAGAAGAGCGAAAUGAAGUCUUGGCUCAGGAACAGAAUUUUUCACAAGAUGUGACACUCAAUUCUCUGGUGUCUGAAGCAUUUGUAAGGUUUUUUGUGGAGCUCGUGGGACACUAUUCUUUGAAUAUGACUGUCACAGAACGCGGGGAGCGUGUAUUCCAGAGGGAGCCAUUCCGGAAGUCCCAUACCUCCCGAAGUGUACGCCACUUCCUUGAUCUGUUCAUGGAGACUCAGAUGUUUGCAGGGUUUGUCCAAGACCGGGAACUCAGGAAAAGUGGAGUUAAAGGUUUGUUUGAGGUCCGGGCUCUCCAAUAUUUGGAAACUAUUCCUGAGUCAGAGCCCAGUGGGGUGAAUAGAAUUUUACGGAGUCUUGGAAACAAAAUGAAAUUUCUGCAUAAGAAAUGAAGUUGUCUCCAUCCUAAAUAUAACUGAAAGUGCCAAAGACAGUAUUCUCCAAGGAACAGAUGUCUUGAAAUAUUCUACUGAAUCCUUGAAACUGUAGGUUAAGGAGAAAGGCUGUCAGAGGAGGAUUCUCCUAUUGCUGCAGACUUAUAGGAAGUAGUCUAGAAUGGAUGCUGUCUUUAUUCUGCCUCCAGUUUGUUUUUUAUAGUGGUGUUCUCUGGUUAAUGGGCUCAUUCUCCGUGUUUUGGGCUUAGUCUGUGAAGGCAGUUUUCUUUUAUAAAGGAAAAGACUUGGAAAUACUUGAUGUUGGACAAAGAAUAAUGAGAGAAAUGCUGAGCUGUAGGUACUAGAGAGGCAGGACAGCCUUACGUACAGUUCUUAUCACUAAAGUAUCAGGCUGCUUUAAACACAUAUGCUGUUUGAACUUUCAAAACUCCAGUAUAUUCACCAUAGGUGUCCUUUUAUUUUUUUCCUUUGUAUAAUGUCCUUUCUGAGAAUUUCCUAUAUUAAUUAGUACUUAUAAAAGCAGACAUCUUGUUCCACCACCACGUAUAUAGAGCUUGAAUGGCUUGUUCCUCACACACCAGUGUUUCGCCUCAUGAAAUACAGCCAAUAUGAAAGUGUCCCUGUUUGGUUUUUUUGGUGUCCAACACGGGCCACACUGUAGUACAUGUAUGUUAUGUCAUCUUAUUCGAGAUAAAUCAGCUUCAUGGGAUAUUUCCACCUUCAUUUUACACUUCACAAGGAACUGGAAUUCAGAGAGGCUAAAUAAUUGGGCCAGCUAUAAGACAAAGAUAGAACUAAGCCAAGACUGAUUUAUGAACAAAGAAAGCUGGCUAGUCCUAGAGAUGGAAAUAAGCUAUUUAGCAUUAUAGCAAUUUUUAAAGUUCUCCAGUAAGUACGCUAGAGCCACCACUUGUCUCUGAGGAAGAGACUUGAAGCUAUAGGUGCUUAGUUGAGGCACUGGGGUUUUUAUUUUGUUUCUGUUGCUAGAGAUGGAACCCAGGUCCUUAUGUUUGUUCUACCAUUGAUACUUUGAAAUUGCUGAGAGUUUUUGUUCUAAUUAGGCUCAGAAUUUGAUUAUUUCCUAAGCCUAUUCCACUUAACAGAUAUGUAAAAUCUAAAAUAGGAGUUAUGACUGAAAAAAUGAACUUGUCAGUAAUGGUGCGGUUUUCAUUGACAAAUGUAGCAAAUGUCAGCUAUUUUCUUCAACUUUUGCUCAUGGCUUUACCUGGCAUGGAAAAUAUUUAUUCAGACUUACAAAAUUGUUAAUUGUAUUGUGAUACAACUUACUGACCUGUACAGUAUUGUCAUAAGCCAUUCAAGUGUGUUUGAAUGAAUCUCAAGCAGACACCACUUAAGAAUGGUGCUAUGUAACAUAGUUCCUAGAUGUGGGUCCAGGGAAAAGAACUGAGCCUGUGUCUUUUAAAAUAUUGAUGCAACUUACCCCAGUGGGGCUCCCACAAGACAUCUCCCCAUUUGGUCUCUACUUAUACUCCAGACCUGAGGGAACAAUUAAUAAUUGGUUGGUUGGGGGAGGGUGAGAGAAUUUACUGUAGUUGAUCCUGGCGUUCCUCUCCAGGGAGAUUUUGCUUUGGGGACGAGAGUCUUGCCUUAUUCCUACAAUCUGAAGCUGCUUCCUUUUCUUGUAUUUUGGUUUUGUAAAUUAUUGUGAAUUCUGGAUAUGUUUGUAAAAGAAUUGUUCAAGAUUUCUAUAAAAUGUUUACAGAUCUUUUAAUGAAUAAAGACAUUUGAAAAUUUGA